AUGGCGGUACGAAGUUCGCCGGGUCAGGUGGUAAAAAGUGCUAAAAGACAAACCAUUCUUCAAGUUUACGCAUUUCGUGACAAAGAAAAGGCUGAGAACAAGCUGAUUGUUCCAUUGCAACAAGUUCGUGCCAGAGUUGCUGCCAUGACCGAUGUAUCCGAAUCUACUGUGACUAGGAUUUUGAGACAAGAAAGAGAGUCCAGUUCAGUUUCAAAUUUGGAUGUGCCCGGUCCGUCAAAAGUAACAACACCUGGAAAGAAAUGGCCAAAUCGCGAUAAGAAGAUCGAGUUCGAUGACUUCGAUACUUGUGCAAUUCGACAAAAAAUUAUAUCAUUUUACGCUGUA